AUGCAACUAUCCCGAGUUAACUCGCUUGAUUUCUUGUUCAACCUGCUCAACCAGAUCGACUCCAUUCGCAAUACAAUUCUUCCUACAAUACCGAGUGGAUCCGUCAUCGGAGAGUACCUGGGCAGGCUUCAUCCCCUGAAGUCCCUGCCGCCCCGCGACAGGUACGUCUUCGUCAUCCCUGAGAUUGCCGAUGUGACGGCCAACCAAUUUGGCAACCUCACACGUUUCGUGAACCAUCACUGCAACCCAAACGUCACCGCCCGGAUUGGGAUGUACGGCAAGCGGCAGGUGGUUCUGUGCGUCGCCAACCAGGAGAUUGAAGCCGGCGAGCAGCUAUUUGUCGAUUAUGGCGCGGCCUACUUCUCAUGGCCGGAUUUUCCGUGCAAAUGCGACGCCCAGGAUGGGGAUCACCUGCCCAGCGCAGCUCGGAUCAGGCCUCGGGGCGCGGUCGCGGCAGAGAGCGCCAGCGUGAAGGCUUCGCGAAUCGCACGGGAUGCUCGGGCCCAGAGGCGUGACACAAAUUCACAAAAGACCCAAACAGGCGUGGCUCUUGAAGAAGCCAUCGAAUCUACAAAAUCACCGAGGAAGGCCAGUGGAACCGCCGGCAAGAAGCAGAGCCGGACACAGUCUACUGCUCUAAACACUUUGACCAGGAGUGCUGCGCCCACGUUCUUUACCACAUUACCAUUCAUUCAUUUCCCGGGGAGUAUACUGCCCAUCAUGUCGUUUCGAAAGCUGCCCUUGAUUCUGGCCGCUGCCAUGGUGCUCCGGAGCGCGGAUGCUGCUUGUAUCGAAGACAAUUGUUACGGAGCCAUGUACUGGAACCCCGCAGGGGCUGAGGAGUGUUCUGCACAUUUCAUCACGACCGUCAUUCCGCCCCCAACGACGAGCACAGUGACCAUCACGUCCGGUAUUGGAGAAAUCACCACCAUCAGUGGCCCCUUUGUUGGUGCCAGCACCAUUGUUCCGUCGCAGGUGAUCCCCACCUACAUCGUGCGGGCCUGCUAUGGAGAUGUGGCAUACCGCUUCGAGAGUGCCUGCUCGUGCAUCGGCGCCGGACCAACGACCACAACGGCGCCGCAACCAGUUGCAACAAAUACGGUUAUCAUCCCAGGGACAUCAAGGGCCGGCAUCUCGUCACGACCUCUGAUAACAGCCUCACCGGUCAACAGCGGCAGCAGGUUGCCUGAGCCGAUAGUCGUAGGCCCGGGCCUAGAGCCAGCUUGCCUUGCGGUUGGCGGGGGUUCUGUGAUCGUGACCAUCCAGGUGGACGAGUUCUUUGCCAUGUCGCUCACUGUUUCCGGCCCCGUCUUCUGCAUAGCGGAGCCCACAGCACCGCCGGCGCAGUCUUCGCAAUGCAAUUGUGCCAGCACGUUGCCUUCUUCAGCGCCGUUCUCUUCCUCCAGGCUCGCCAUCUCGAACGAGACGAGUUCUGAUUCUUUCUCGACCGUCUUCCGUACAUCCUACACACCAACUUCCUCAGAACGCUUCUCGAACUACUCCACAGCUGCAUCAGCAGAACCUACGACGUCAACUCGACCAGAGAUGUCAACUCCACCAGAGACGUCGUCCGAGUUUGAACCAACCACAUCGUCGCACUCCUUCCUGCCCUUCGAGACGGGUAAUUUCAGCACCACUGAGGCUCCAUCAUCCGUGGAACCAUCAUCCGUGGAGCCAUCAUCCGUGGAGCCAUCAUCCGUGGAGUCUUCCGCAACGCAGAGCUCAGAAUCGAGCGGCCCGACCCCGUUCGAACCCAUAGGGCCCGAGAUCUUCAUCAAGAUCAGCGCGGGCACGUUGACCGGGCAGUACUUCGCGACGGACGACCCAGACGGGACCACCAUAACGACGAACCUCAAAACGCACGUGACCGCGAACCUGGACGACGCGGCCGCGUGGACGCUGGACCGCGAGACGGGCCUCCUGUUCCAGCAGAUCGGCGACGCCUGGUGGGCCGCGUACAUCACGUUCGGCCCGCUCAAUUCGUACAGCUCGGUCCUGCUGCUCCCCGCCGACACGGUGGUGGGUUGGCUGACGGAGCCCGUCUUCCAGCGCGAGCCAUUGCGGUGCACCAUCGACUACUCGGCCGAUUUCCUGCUCAUCUGUGGCCUGCAGCACGGGUACACGUCGGUCGCCCAGUCGGAAAGGUGUGGUUGGACCGUCGCGUCGGCCCUGAACAAUGUCGUCAAGAGGGCCUGUACGAAUUUGCAGGAGGUGCUUCUCCAGGCGGUCGUCAUCUACCCGGAGGAACAGGGGAUAUCGAAGUGA